GCCCGGCACUUCCGGCGCGCCGCGUGGAGCUCGGCGGCCUCUGCGCUUGCAGCAUGGCGGUGUUUGCUGGCCCCGCCAAAAACCUCCUGUCCCUGAAUCCACAGGAAGACACCAAGUUCCAGAAGGAGGUGGCGCAGGUUCGCCGGCGCGCAGCCCAGCGACAGGAGAAAAAAAAACUCACUCCUGGAGUAAUCUAUGUGGGCCACCUACCUCCAGCGCUUUACGAAACCCAGAUCAAAGCAUAUUUCUCACAGUUUGGCACUGUUACAAGAUUUAGACUGUCCAGAAGUAAAAAGACUGGGAAUAGCAAAGGCUAUGCCUUCCUGGAGUUUGAAUCUGAAGAUGUUGCCAAAAUUGCUGCUGAAACAAUGAACAACUACCUUUUUGGUGAAAGGCUCUUGAAGUGUCACGUUAUACCACCUGAAAAAGUGCAUGAAGAACUUUUUCGAGAGUGGCACAUGCCCUUUAGGAAUCCGUCGUAUCCAGCAGUGAAACGAUAUAACAAGGAUCGGACACUUCUUCAGAAGCUACGGAUGGAGGAGCGGUUUAAAAAGAAGGAAAAAUUACUCAGGAAGAGAUUAGCUAAAAAAGGAAUUGAUUAUAAUUUCCCUUCAUUGGUUUUACACACAAAGGAAGAAAAUGCUUUGAACACUGAUCUUCAGAAAUCUACCAAGAGACAGAAGAAGGAAAAAGAGGUUUCGAUCACUCCCGACACUCCUGAGAAGACUGUGGAUAGCCAGGGCCCCACUCCAGUUUGUACACCAACAUUUUUGGAAAAACGAAAAUCUGAAGUGGCUACAAUGAAAGAUGAUGAUAAAGAUAAUGAAAUAGUUUUCAAACAGCCCAUAUCUGGUGUGAAAGAAGAAAUACUAGAAACUCGAAAAGCUGCACGUUCAUGGAGAAAAAGACGAAGAAAGAGCAGUCAGUGAUUCUGAAUGUAUGAAGUAUGAUAUUUCUUCUGAAAACGUGGUUUUAUUGUGAGGGCUGAUUCCUCGUGUUUAACUAGACACAGCGGAAUGUGUUGACAAGAUUUUCGGAGGAAGAACUGUGGGUUCCCGUCAGUGAGGAAAGCGGGCAUUCCUCGUGGCUCGCGCAUCCUUGCUGCACCUCGGGGUGCACACCAGCUUGCGUAGCUGGGGCCACGCGGCCUCUCUCUCCUGGUCUCUAGUUUUCUUUGCAGAUUUUAUAACUGUCUUUAGUUACUCUGUCUGGAUAGAAGGGUCACCAUUAACUGCAGGUUUCAGUGCUAAACUGCAGCCUUUGUUGUCACCGUCAAAUAAAGGAAAGGAGUAAAAUCUUG